AGGUCGGAACAGACGAGGGCUGACAUCAGCAGUAACAACACGGACUUCAUUCACCUUAACACCGGUCGUCAUGCUUCAUGGAUGCAUCGCUACAUCCUCUGUCACAUGGGCAGGAGAGUUGGUCCACUUUCUAAUGGCCUCCUGUGAACUUUCCACGGCCCCAGCAGCACGCAGCCGCUAUGGACGGAUACCGGUGCCCCGGUGCGGCAUGCAAAUACGUACUCUGACGUCGGCGAUCAUGUGGCUUUUGGCGUAGAUCCUCCUUGUGAUCGCCGAUUUUUUUCUCUCUCCUGUCGCCUGUUGUCUGCCUAGCUACUGGAGCUAUAGUCUUUUAAAAAGCUUUUCGCGCAUUAGAACGGUGGGAUUGGAACGGACGCCACCCGAGCAUCGCGACUCAGCAUUGGACAGGUGAGGGAAAAAAUUGUAGUUUUCAUUUGGUUCCAAAGUCCAGGAAGUCAGAAGUGGAUUUAGCAUACGUAUUUGUUUCUUCUCGAUGUUUGCACGUCUUCUAAACAGCCCCACGUCUGCGUCUAAAUAUUUAACUUGUCUCGCCGCGUGAACUUUGCUGCCUGCUGGCUUAUCUCCACCUGCGCGCUAAACGUGUCCGCAAGUUUGGAAAUAUUAUUGCUGCUCCCUUAUGUUCGACUUUUACUCUGAGACGCCGUAACCGAGUCGAGAGAAGGUGGUAUCCUGUCAUGCAUUUACAUCAGGUCAUCCUGCGCCGCAGCUGACACCGUCAGCAUAGACAGGCCCAGAACUUCAGCCUCUAUUGCUCAGUUCUGUGCAGCCACUCAUCGUACCCCAGGGGGCUCUCUUGUUCUAAAAGUGUGACCUGUCCAAGUACAAGUCAAUUCUGCUGGCUAGUGGAAACAUCCUCUGGGCAGUCGCCCUGCUUCUCUGGCUCCUCAGUCAUAGUUUCCUUUACAGAAUAUCUGGCUACCUAAAAGUGUUGGAAGCCUUCCCUCAUUAUUCAACAUCAUCAUCAUGUCUAGCCGGCGGAAGGCUUCCACCCCCUGUAUGAUCCGACCACAGGAGACCAUGGUGGAGUUGGAGGAUGAUGAGGAGACAACAGAGAACCAUACUGAGGAGGCUGCUAUGGAGACAGAUCCAUCAGGUGACCUAGACCUGACAGGGAAGACCUCUGACUCGCCAGCAGCGCCUGACAUCCCAAUGUCAGAGUCUUUAGACAGUUCCAAGCCUUCACGUAAACAGCAAAGGGGCUAUGAGUGCAAGUACUGUACCUUUUCCACUCAGAACCUCAACACGUUUAAAGAACACGUGGAUGCCAACCACCCUAACGUCAUCCUCAACCCACUGUACCUGUGCGCCGUUUGUAACUUUAACACAAAAAAGUUUGACUCCCUGACAGAGCAUAAUGAGAGGAAUCACCCGGGGGAGAGCAACUUCAAGUUUAAACGUAUCAAAAUGAACAAUCAGACAAUCUUGGAACAGACAAUAGAGGGCUGCAGUAACAAUGCAGCAAUUUACAAUAGUUCCAGUGUCGUAUCUGGUAAAGCAGAGGGGCAGGGCACGGUGCCCCUCAGCAAAACCACUGCAAUCAAAAUCGGGAAACAAAAAGUCAUGUCUUCAGAAAAUAAAAGGACGGAGCCUCAGUUGUGUAAACUGAACCCUGACUUGACACAGAAAGCAAUCACAGCACUCAAUGUCAAUGGGACAGUAAUCAUCCCAGAGGCAACUCUCCUCAAAGCUGACGGCCUUUCUCACAUCAUGCCUUCCCUGCAGCGGCCUGUAAACUACACCCAGGUGCCGAAGAUCGCUAUUCCCCUCAACACAACCAAAUACAAUCCUUCUUUGGAUGACAACCUGACGCUUAUCUCUUCCUUCAACAAGUUCCCUUACCCAACACAAGCAGAGCUCUCUUGGCUUACUGCAGUCUCCAAACAUCCAGAGGAACAAAUUAAAGUCUGGUUUACCACCCAGAGGCUCAAACAGGGCAUUAGCUGGUCACCAGAGGAGGUGGAGGAAGCGAGAAAAAAGAUGUUCAAUGGUACAAUCUCCUCUGUGCCUCAGACCUUCACAGUUGUCACACCCCACCUUACCACUCAGUCAUCCGCCAACCCACCUCCAGUAACGACCUCAGCCACUAAAUCGGUGCAGCCCGCCGCUCCGGUCCUUCAGUCCGUCCCCUGUCAGCUCUUGGGACAGACCAGCUUGGUGCUGACUCCAGUAGCUAACGGCUCUGCUGUCACUUGUGCACCACUUGCACUCACGUUGGCUAAUCAGGUAGCUCAGUCACUUAAACGGCCUUUGGCCUCACCCUCAGCUGUCUCCGAGAGUAAACGACCCUCCAUCAUUCAAGCCAUAUCUGCGCCUGUUGCCACAUCCAAGAUGGGAUCGCCUAAAGUGUUAAAUUUCACUGCGGAUCCCAACAAAACAGCCGAGCAGUUAUCAGUGCUACGGUCCAGCUACAUGCAGUGUCCUUUCCCUGAGGAAGAAGAGAUCUACAGACUGAUCGAAACCACUGGGUUGUCCAGAGGAGAGAUUAAGAAGUGGUUCAGUGAACAAAGGCUCCUUAAUCUCAAAGGUGUCCCUCCGCCCCCAUUGCUAGUGAAAGCGGAGGUGACUCCGGUACCUAAAGAUGGACCCGUGAGAAAAGCGGUCCCGAGCCACUUCCCCCUUCUGGAGCGGGUAAAGGGGAAAUCCUCAGAUCAGCUGAAGGCACUUGAGGAGAGUUUCCAGAGAAGCAGCACUCCAACGGACACUCAGCUUGAUCAACUGGCCCAGGACACCAGGCUUUCCAAGACUGAAGUAGACUGCUGGUUUUCUGAACGCAGAGCACUGAGGGACAACAUGGAGAAGGCCUUGCUCAGCGUGACCACUAAAAACGCAGAUGACAAAGGCGACAAGCCAGGGGUGUUGCUUAAUGGUUCCUCUCAUCGCGAGCAGGAUGGGAAAACGCUCCAAUCAUCGGCCCUCCCACCUUUCCUUUCUUCGUCGUCGUCAUCCUCUUCUUCCCCUCCAAUACUUGCAGCUUCCUCCCCUCAUCCUCCAACCUUGUCUGCCUCUGCAUCACCACCCAUCCUUAAUUCAUCCUCCUCCUCUCCGCAUCCUCCUGUCCUCUCUGUGUCGGCGAACCCAGCUGCGAUUCCAAGAUGCUCUCUCACACUGCUCCGAAAGAUGUUUUGUCGGACCCAAUGGCCAACACCUGAAGAAUACAGCCAGCUGGAGGCACAAACAAGCCUGGGCCGCACUGACAUUGUACGUUGGUUUAAGGAACACCGCUCGGCUCUGAAGAACGGCGAGACUUUGGACUGGUUGGAAGUUUAUCAAAGCCAAAAAGAACAACAAAAAUCAGGACAAGAGCAGAAUGGAGACAGUUUUGACAAACAACAACACAGUGUAUCACCAGAGGGAAAUGUGGAGGAACCUGGUGAUAAGAAAACAGCAGCAGCAUCAAUGGAGAACUCCAAGCUGUCCAACCCAGAAGCAGUACAGUGGUUGACUGAAAAACUCACUCAUAGUGUGUCAGACCUAAGCCAGGCCAGGCUGGACCAGACGAGCUCCAACAUUGCUGAAAAGGGGAGGUGGGUUCAGGUGACUGUGGCUGUGGGUGAAGAGCGUGAGGGAGGAUUACAAAGACAGAAACUGGCAGCAGAUGCUGAUGUUUUGACCUUGGAGCAACCUGGCAAAGUCACUGGUUGAUGAUGAUAUGAAUCUACGCAUGAAUCACAAGUGUCGCAUAAGAGACGAUGCCAGAAAUCUCCAUGACGGUGGUGCGGUCACAAAGCAGACUGAACGUCUGCUUAAAUGUCCCCCGAGGUGUGGUGCAGACGUUCACAUGUAAAGGAGUGCCAAAGCUGGACAUGAUGAUUUAUUUUCUUUGGAAGAAGCGUCCUUGUAAAUAUUUUUCUGUAUUGCGAAAAAAAAUGUACAGUUUUCCUGGAAGGGCAUGUUUUGUUACUUUUAUUUUGAAGGUUUGCACCCAUUACUUAGAAUGUUUGUGUUGUUCAAAGCUUAACAUGUAAAAUAGCCGUUUAUUUACCGAGAAUGAAUAUUUUGGAGGACAACUGGACUUUUUUUCUGCUCAGUAUGUUGUUGUUUUUUUUUCUUCCCAAAACACAUUUGGAUUACUAAGGCUUUCUUGCUCUUGGCUGCUUCAUCCCCAGCUCGAAAUUUCCUCUUGCAGCACCGCCCCCUGUAAAAAGAGACUCGAACAAUGAUCGUCAAAGGGAAUUAAUUUUGGGAAUGCAAGCUAGGCCUCACUUUUGGAGACCGCGUCAAGACUUAAGCCACAAAAAAAAAACACUUGCGGACCAAGAUGAACUGCAUUAGGCCAAAUGAAUGAGAGAAUGCACUAACUUGGUGAACUGCGUUAGGCCAAAUGAAUGAUAGAAUGCACUAACUUGUAUAGUUUAGAAUCAGCUGGUGUGCUCCUGCAUAUCAGUACCUGAGGCAAUAACAGUGCAGAAUGUUCUUCUGUUCUAAUGUUUAAACACAUUGUCUGUCUGAUCACACCACGCUGCCUUUUCAGCUUUCUGCAUCAACGAUCAAUGAUGGUUCUUUUCGAUUAAAAAAAACAAAAAACUUGAGACUAUUUUGACUGAACUUUCGAGGUUGUGACGAUUCAUGACUGGCGAUUAAACAACUAAAGCCAUUUCAAGUUUGAAUCUUUGUUCGGCUGUGAAUUGUGAGCGUCUUGUCCGCUUUCGCCUUUCCGUGUUUUGUCUUCUCAACGGAUAAGUGAGGAUUCAAGUUCAUCCUAGUGAUUACUGUACAGUGUUCAAACUGCGAUGGCAAUUUAUUUUCAACGUUAAGAUCAAACCUGUGUUGACUGCCUUAGAAUCAAACAUAUGUUUAUUUUUAACUUGUACUCAAGAUUUAAAGGGAUAUUGUAUUUUGUUUUGUCUAAUGGCAUCCUCAUGCAUUGUUUGUGCAAGCACUGCUAGAGUCAACUGUCACCUAUAUUAUAACGCUAGUUUGAAAAGCAGAAUCAACAUGUUUCCGCUGCUUAAAUUUCAUGUUUAAGCUGUUUUCAAGUUCUGAGCAUAUUCUGGCUUCUGGUUGGCUUCCAAGAAAUACUGCCUGCAUUUUCAUUUUCUACUUUAAAUCUGCUCUAACUCAAUAAAUAUCUAAUGCUGGUCUUGUUGUCCAUGCAUUAAAACAUGGAGAUUUGUUUAAAUG